AUGGAUCCUGCAGAUACCAAAAAAAAGAUAAGAAUUCCCUGUCCAUGUGUUAAGUGUGUAAACCACAUAUGUCAUUCGGUGGAUGUGGUAGAUGAUCAUCUAUUCAGGAAUGGAAUUGAUCAAACAUACACAAAUUGGAAUAAGCAUGGAGAAACAGAAGAACCACCAAGAAGUUAUGUAUAUGAACAUAAUUUUGACAUGGAUACGUCAAACGUUGUAGAUUCCACGAACAUGAACACAGAAAUGCCAACAGAUGCUGCAGAAACUAUAGAGAUGGUUGAAGCUGUAGAAGAAAAUUUUAUUGGGAACCCUGAUAAGUUUAGAGAACUGAUAGAGGAUGCCGAGAAGCCCCUAUACACAGGGUGUCUUAAUUUCACAAAGUUAUCUGCAAUCAUUCAACUACUCAACUUGAAGAAAGGAAACGAAAUGUACAAUAGUACAUAUGAGGCAAAAAAAGCAUUUAAGGCAAUGGGUUCAGGGUAUACUAAGAUACAUGCCUGUGUCAACAAUUGUAUACUUUACAGAAAAGAAUACAUAGAUUUGGUAGUAUGUCCUACUUGUGGUAAAUCAAGAUGGAAGGUUGAUGAACAAAAAAAUAAAAUUUACAACAAUAUUCCUGCAAAAUGUUUGUGGUACUUUCCUAUUAUUCCGCGCUUCAAGUGUCUUUUCCAGUCUAAGACAACUACAAAAGAUUUAACAUGGCACGCAACAGAAAGAAUGGUGGAUGUUGGAGUUUUAAGUCACCUAGCUGAUUCACCAGCAUGGGCUGCCAUUGAUGACAAAUAUCCUGAUUUUGCUAGCGAACCAAGGAAUUUGCGACUAGGCAUUUCGGCGGACGGGGUUGAUGUGAACAGAGGAAAUAGGAGUCAUAGUGUUUGGCCUGUUUUAACUGUCAUUUACAACCUUCCACCAUGGUUGUGUAUGAAGAGAAAGUUCAUCAUGCUUUCGUUAUUGAUUUUGGGAACACCAGGAAACGAUAUUGAUGUGUUCCUAGCACCUUUAAUUGAUGAUCUGCAAUUAUUAUUUGAUUUUGGAGUUGAAACAUACGAUGCAUAUGCACAAGAGCAUUUUAAACUACGUGCAGUUGUGUUAUGGACUAUUAAUGAUUAUCCUGCUUUAGGUACAUUAAGUGGUUGCCCAUACAACGGUUUUCAAGGUUGCUUUGUGUGUGGUGAAGAGACACACUGCAUUAGACUCCCUGAAUCGAAUAAGCAGAGUUAUGCUGGUCAUAGAAGAUUUCUACCGUAUGAUCACCCGUUCAGAAGACAAAAGAAGGCAUUCAAUGGACAACAAGAGUUCUCACCCUCUCCAGAACCUAUGAAUGGGGAGGAAAUAUAUAACAUGGUUAAAUUUAUAAUUAAUAAAUGGGGAAAGGUUAAUAAGGGCAAGGAGGCAGAAAUCCAACAAGCAACAAGUGGAAGAGGUGGGAAUAUGAAUAAAAAAAGAGAAAAUCACACCAACUGGAACGUGGGUGAGAGUUUAACAGGAACUGUUUUGAACGUUCCUGGGAAGACGAAAGAUGGUUAUAAAGCUCGAUUGGAUUUGGUUCAUUAUGGUUUGAAACCAGAGUUGCAUCCUCAGAUAGAAGGGAACAACACAACACUUCCCGCAACAGGUUGUACAUUGACAAAAGAGGAAAAAAACAAAUUCUGUGAGACUUUAUACAACUUAAGGGUUCCUCAAGGGUAUUGUUCUAAUUUUUCUAGUUUGCAAAUAAAUCAUAGUGGAUGA